AUGGGAGACUUUGAUGUAAUUGAGGAGGAAGAAAUGAAAGAGAUUAGAGAGACACUGAAAAGAAGUAAUUUGGCUUCAUCAGAUGAAAAGAUUCAAGAUACGAACCAGUUGGACCAUGUUACAUUUAACAUUGCUGUCACUGGAGAGUCAGGAUCUGGCAAGUCUGCCUUUGUCAACGCCUUCCGAGGCAUAGGGCAUGAUGAAACCAAUUCGGCACCCAGUGGUGUAGUGGAGACUACAAUGGAACCAAAGUGUUAUCCUCAUCCCAAAUAUCCAGAUGUUCAAGUAUGGGACUUACCUGGAAUUGGAACGCCGAAUUUCAGGGCAGACGAAUACUUUCAGAAAGUUGGAUUUGCACGCUAUGAUUUCUUCAUCAUCAUUGCAUCAGAACGUUUCAAAGUCAGUAAUGUGGAAUUGGCCAGAGAGAUCCAGAAAAUGAAGAAGCGGUUCUACUUUGUCCGUUCCAAAAUUGAUGACAACAUACGUGCAGAAAAAAGAAAGAAGAACUUUGACCAGGACAAGACACUGAAUCAGAUUCGAGAGGACUGCAUUAAAGGUCUUCAGAGAAAUGGGGUGGAAUCUCCAGUUGUCUUUCUGAUUUCCAGCUUUGACCUGGGUUAUUAUGACUUCCCUUUGCUGGAGCAGACCAUGGAGAGAGAGCUCCCCAAGCACAAGAGGAAUAUUCUGCUACUGUCCUUGCCCAAUCUGAUGCUGGAAAUCAUCAAUAAGAAGAAGAAGGCCCUGCAGGCUGGCAUAUGGAAGAAGGCUCUAUUAUCAGGUGGAGUGGCCACAGUGCCCAUACCUGGGUUGUCAGUGGCAGUAGAUGUCACUAUUUUGGUGAAGGAGAUUACCAGGUAUUAUCAGGCUUUUGGCCUGGAUGAUGAAUCAUUGCAGAACCUCUCAGCCAGAACAGAGGUCCCUUUGGAAGAACUGAAAGCAGUUCGCAAAUCUCCCUUGAAUAAGGAGAUAUCAGCUGAUGUGAUUAUUAAGCUGUUGACCAAGGCGGCUGGGGCUGGUUUAAUGGUUAUUGGAUACUGGAUGAGUACCAUUCCAGUUCUGGGAUCCAUUCCUGCAGGAGGAAUCUCAUAUGCUACCACAUACCACAUGCUUAAGAGCUGCCUGAAUGAGCUGGCUGAUGAUUCUCAAAAUGUGUUAAUGCGGGCUUUGCAGUCUGAAGUAUAAAAUACUACUAGUUGUUCCAUAAUUAUUUUCUGUUCAUUGUAGAAGAA